CAUGCUACUGACAGCGAUCACUGCGAGCAGCGCAGCAUGAGCGGACGUUAUGAGCGUUCACCAGGCGUAAGUGGCCCUGAUUUUAUAGGAGAAUCUCGGACAAUAUAGGAAAUUUGAAACAGCAUGAAGGUAUCUGGUUGUCAAGAAGAAGAGGCUGGCUGCGCGCUGGAUCCAGAGCCAACGACAGGAUGAACUGAGACAUUACGCGCGAGAGGUUGCCACGGGCGAGCGCUGGGUUUGACCUCUGUGGACAUUUCUGGGACAAACAUCUCGGUGAGGAUGUCUCAAUGAAGAAUGUGACUGAAUAUGACUCUCUGCAAACGGGGUGGAUGAAGCCCUCGGCGGUGUCAUGCGUCUUGCCCCGCAGCCCAGCGCGCAACCCUUGCGGCUCAUAGUUCUGCUGCUCCUCCUCCUCGCCACGCGCGCGAAUACAUCCCCAGUGCUCUCCACGGGCUGCCCGGACAGGUGCGUGUGUGAUGACCAGCUGGUGGUUCAAUGCGCCGGGCAGCACCUGACCACCUUCCCGGUCAACUUGCCGCUGGCCACGCGGCAGCUCAUCAUCUCCAAUAACCGCAUCGUGGAGCUGCCGCCGCUCGCGCUCAACUACCUCUCUGAUCUGGUGUACCUGGACUGCAGCAACAACUCUCUAACCGAGAUAUCCGAAUCCACGUUUGGGAAUCUACGGAAGUUGGCCUACCUGGACCUCUCCUUCAACACUUUGACCCGGAUCGCGGACAGGACUUUCGGGCCCUUGACGAGCCUGGUGAUGCUGAGGAUGACAGACAAUCCAGGGCUCUCGGAGAUUCAUCCGGACGCCUUUGCUGAAAACACGGCCCUGCAGGUGCUGGAUGUGGGUCGGAACAACCUGACGGCCCUAAACAUCACGUCCCUGAUCGCUCUACCCGCCCUGCGCUCUGUGGGGCUCAGUGGUAACCCGUGGAGUUGCGAGUGCGAUAACGAGGACCUGUGCCUGUGGGUCCACCUGGAGGGCUUCAAGUUCCAAGAUGAGGGCCAGACGGUGUGCGGCUCACCUGCUGACAUGCAGGGUCGUCGCCUGGGUGAGGUGGGCAUCCAGCUACGGACGUUAUGUCACCAGACUCUAGGAUCCUGGGACUAUCUUUUCUUUGUUGUCAUCGGCUUUGUCAUCUUUGCUGCUGGCACGGUGUCGGCCUGGGUGAUGGGCGUCAUUAUGGUGCUCUAUGAGCGCUACAUCAAGAAGAAGGACGAACAGCUGGACGUGGACGAAGAGGAGGAAACCAUUGAGACGGGACGUAGCUCUCGUGCCAGGAGUGACCAUGGCAACGGGAAUUUGAAAACGUCACAUACUGUUUGAAAGAUUUAGUCAUCCUCUGCACGCCAUGGAUUCCUACAGUGCCUCCUGUCAACUUCCAGGACUGUCUGUGAAGUCUAAUCACACUCCUGUCACUCCGAGUCUGUGUAACAGGCUCAACACUGAAGGGGAAGGAUUCAGCAGAGACGAGGCAUGUCAUUCCUAUGAUUUAAUGUGUGCUUUAAGGUGAGGUAACACGCACUCGGGCUGCCAUUGUCGAGGUCCUGAGCCCUGAGGUUUACUGAUUAUGUAUGCAGAUUUUUGACUUUGCUGUAUGGUUUAAGCUCUGUAAAUGUGACGAGGUCAUGAAGAGUGACAAAGACGCCUCCAAGCUGUUAAUCCUGUCAAUCCAACCAUUACAGAAUGAUUUUAAUGGUUAGCAACAUAACAUUUACACAUGCUCAUUUUAGCUUCUGUACCAGUAUCAAUGGGCCCAUUAGCAGUUUUGAAGAAACUUUGUCACAUAUUUUAUGUCCUAUAGAUUUAUUGCUAAGAGUUAGAUGAAAGGAUUGAUACCACUGAUUGAUCUGAUUGAUCCUGUACCGCAGCACUCUAGGAUGAUAGUUUUAAUACACUACCUCAUCAACAGUAAGUCUUUAUACACACAGCUCACCUGCUUUGAUUACAGAACAUGAAGUGAAACUCUUCAAAUGGGGAGUGGUGUUAUUUGAGCAUCUUUAUACAACACAUCGCUAAAGAGUGUUGUCAAAGAAGCAGAAACACAAAAAACAAACCUACAAAAUUAGGCCUGUCGUAUGACCUCCUCUGUGUCCCACCCACCCAUGUUUUAUUGUCAUUCUGAGGAAACACCUAAAGCCACAUUUACAUGUGUGGCACCACCUCCACUCGGCUCAACAGUACUCAGAUUGUGUUUUCAACGGCAGUGUUUACUUUGAUAGUACCUCCUCAGCGUAGGCAGGCCCAUCAUAGUGGAGCUGUGUCAAACUGCUGUGAUGUCCAGCACAACAACAAUGGAGGACACUGAAGUGACAGUGUACAUUGUUCUUCAUCUGCAGCCUUUUGUUGCAAGAAGACAAAGUGCAAAAAGUGAGACAAACUACUACUGGAAAGUACAGGAGUGGUUGGGAAUUUACUGGCAGCACAGAGAUUAUGACAAAAGGAGUUUGAUUCCUCUCAUAACAGUCUUAGCUGUGAUGCUCUGUGACCCCUCUGUGGUCAAAAUUGUCUUAACAUCACAUUUUAGUGAAAGCUCAGCUUGCUUAGAACCUUACCAGAAGUCAUACCAAAAAAUACCAGGAAUCAGGUGUGAUGGUAAAAUGAAAAAAGAAAAAUUAAAAAGAGUUGAGACGAAUCAAGAUGGUGCCACAUAGUUGAAAAAAGCAUUCAAAAAUGGUCUGGGUGAAUUUUUUUUAACACAUCAGCCUUAUUGUUAAUUGAGGAUGUUCCCAGGCCACUAUUUCCCUCGUUGGCUAAACAUUUAAUUAAACUGCCUUUAGCCAACUAGUCUAAAGUGGAGAAACAAGAAAACAAAUUCAUCACAGGGUCAUUGUCGGUAGAGGAUUAGAGGCUCCUGUACCAAUGAGAGUAUGGCUAAAGUCAGCAGCUAGCUCUGAAAGACUCCAGUACACUUAUUGUUUUUAAGUGGAGAAAAUACAUUUUUUGAGUAAUCCCUGAUUAGUUAAUAAAACUCACAACAUUAGAGGCAACUGAUUACAUAAAAUAUAAAGUAACUGAAAAACUAUUUCUUGAGUGAACCACUGGGCGGAGUGACAGUGCAGUAGCCAUGUCUGGAGUGUAGUUCCGUAGAGUGUAGUUUCAAGUAGAGUUGAAACAGCUGUUUUGGAUUUAGGUUAAUAGUGUAGUAGUAUAAAUAGUGUACUUACUUAUAAUAGUAUAACACUCUAAAGCCCACAUACAACUCUAUUUACAUUUUCUUGCUCAAAUCACAGCCAUACUGCGCUGCUCCUUUGACAGGCUAAAUGGUUAGCUUCUCAUGUUUACGUCUAGGUGCCAAGGAAAAGCUCUGACAGGAAUGCAGCAACUUUAACUGAAGCUACAGCGGCACCUAGUGGUGGGAGGCUUCAUUAUAGUUUUAAUAGAGCACUUGGCAGGGCUUUCAGGCCUGUUUUUAAAAAAUGAUACCUAAGUAGUUUACCAAAUCAUAAAUCUUGCAGCGUCUAAUUUAAUAUCCAGUUUUAUUUUACAGUCAAAUACAACACUGGUAUCAAUCUCUUCAUCUAACUCUUGACAGUGUUAUCAAAACUAUUAUUCAAGGUAAUCUGUGGUUCCAGUUUUACUAAUAAAGGAGCAGAAAGGCUCUUCAAAAUCUAGCCAAAUAAAGUUAGGAUCACUUCUUUCUUGAACAAUUUGCCAGCCAAUAACAGGAAAACGUCGGCUGUAUUUUGCAUUUCAAACAAUGUUAAACUGAUGACUCACUCACUUGAGCUUUAUUACUUUAUCUAGUUACAGCCCACUCCUCCUAAGUUGUCAAACACAGCAGCUUGGUUGGUGGUCCAACAUAUCAAAAUCUGAUAACACAGGUACCUCUCUAGCAUCAUUUGUGGACAGUCCUCUCUUUUUCUGGAUGUGUCAUUGAAGUGUUGUAACAAAGUAGAGGGCUGUGAGUCAGCUGAGAGUGAAGCUCAAAUAAACAAAACUGUAGUUCAGGAUGCCCGUUUGAUGCUUGAGUAAAAGAUGUUUUAGGUGUUGAUUUGAACCACUUUUUUUUCCAUUCUCAGAUUGUGCAAAAACAUUACAUGUCCUGCAGUUACACAGGGAAUAAAAUUCAUUUUUAUUUUUUAAGGACAGUUAAGUGAAUUUUCCCACCAAAAAGCCAUAAAAUGUGCCUGUUUUUUGGAACACUAAUUAGAUAGUAUUAACUCAUAGUUGCUUACUAAGUGGUACCUAGGUAGUCACAUUUAGAUGCUCGAGGCCACAAACCAAGCUGUCGUAUUUAAUCAGUAAGGACGAAAGGUGUUGCAAGUAGAUAGGAUUGUCCAUUCGAUUGUGAUCUUUCUAAAAUUAGAAAAGUAGAGAUGAGUCAA